GGCAGGAGUUAAUUUCCGGGUCAUCCGACUGAGCCCGGUCAUGAACCUUUGCUCUGUUGACCAUUGCCAAUGCCCAAUUACUCCCUUCGACUCAUUCCCGCCAAGUUAUGAUCACCUUAUGGUCCAUGGAGAAUAUCCAGUUUGUUAGCCGAGGCCACAACCGACCAGAAGGUUUCCAUCCCAAAAGCCGGGCUCACAGUCCGCUCUGGCCGGGAAUCGGGAUUUCCAUGACACGGUUCUCUCCAGGUCGGCUUUGGCCUGGCUCCCAGUCAGCCUGGCGACCGAUUGUCCUGUUGACCAGUCGGGAAGCAACUGAGGGAAGAUGCGCAACUGGAUCGAUGACUGUUCGGAAUAAGACUGCUUUUCUUUCUUCCUCGUUACCCCUAUUAUAAACAACAGCUUGUCUUGUCUUGUCUUGAAACAAAAAUACAGAAAAUCUCAGUCAUAGCAACUCGGUCGAUCGAUAAGGAAAUCGCCUAUUUCCUUUUACAACAAUCUGAAGCUUCCUUCCCCCAGUCGUCGUCUCCUGGCUGCUCUCCUGGUGAAGUGUGUCUAUGCACUUAAGCUGCCUAAGCCCAUACAUACAUAUCCUACAUCUCCUACCCUCAACCCCCUCGAUCAGCCUCUCAUACAAAAACUGCAACUACAACUUCAUCCAGAACGCCAACAAACAAACAGCAACACACAACUCAAGCAAGCAGCAACCAACACCCAGCUCAAAACUCAAAUCAAGACACAAACAACAAAACGAAACAUCAUCAUUACAUCAACUUACAAACCCUAAAACGCAUCUUCAACUGUCGAAACCUGUCUCAUCUAUCACAUCACACAGCCUGACUUCAGCUCCCCAAUAAAAGGAAGAACAAGAAGAAGAUCAAGAGAAGAAGGAAACCAAGCGAUAAGAAAACCAUCUAUCAGUCAGAUAUUCGCCACUCGCAUAACUCCUCCAUCAAUUAUCACAUCAGCCAGCAAUCAACUUCCUUCAGUCUCCCAGGAGCCACGGUAGCUCGUUCGAAAGAUGGGUGUCGAAGACAAAUACAUCGGUCUGGCUCUCGCCGUUUCUUCUUCCUUGGCGAUUGGGACAUCUUUUAUCAUAACCAAGAAAGGUCUAAUGGAUGCUGCUGAAAGAGUAUCAGGACCCUCGACCGACACACAUACAUACCUCAAAAAUCCAAUCUGGUGGGCGGGAAUGACUACUAUGGUUGUCGGUGAAGUGGCCAAUUUCGCCGCGUAUACGUUUGCUCCUCCUAUCCUUGUAACCCCUCUUGGUGCGCUGUCUGUGCUUAUUGGUGCUGUAUUGGCUUCUUUUUUCCUUCAGGAGAAGCUAGGAAGGAUAGGUAAAAUAGGAUGUGCUCUAUGUCUGCUUGGCUCCAUCAUCAUCGUCUUGCACGCCCCAGAGGAUAAGGAAGUGAAAACGGUUGAUGAAAUUUUAGGCUACGCCAUGCAUCCUGGGUUCUUGUUCUAUUGUUUUUUCGUUCUAGUGUUUAGCGUUUUUAUGAUCUACAAAGUUUCUCCGACCUAUGGAACUCGAGAACCGAUCGUGUACAUCUCGAUUUGUUCGUUGGUCGGCUCAGUCAGCGUGAUGGCCAUCAAAGGAUUCGGCGUGGCAAUCAAACUAACCUUGGCUGGAUCCAAUCAAUUGACGCAUCUGCCCACUUACUUGUUUGCUAUCGUCGUCGCUGGCUGUAUCGUCGUUCAGAUGAAUUACUUCAAUAAAGCCCUUGAUCAAUUCUCCACGAACGUCGUCAAUCCGAUCUAUUACGUCUGUUUCUCCACGGCCACAAUUGUCUCUUCGUUGAUCCUCUUUCAAGGAUUCGGUACACAGGAUGCAGUCAACACAUUAUCUCUACUCAUGGGUUUUUUCGUCACCUUCCUCGGAGUUUAUCUGCUAAAUAUCUCCCGACUUGAUCCGACUGGGACGGCGCAAAACCAGGAUCGAAGUCUCGAAAACGGGGUGAUGCAUCCGCGGAUGAGUCUGAACGCGUCUCGCCUGAGCUUGAGUUCAGAACAGCCACUGACGCACCACCCGAUCCAUCGAUCCUACCAUCGUUCGAGCAUGCCCUCCUCAGCCAACCCUUUCCAUCCCUCUCCCAAGGGCCAACUAGGUGCCUAUCGCAGCCAGGAUAGUGUGCUCUUUGACGCCUUUCCUGAGGAAAGCGUCGGACUCACACUCAUGAACACGUCCGAGGAAGAAGAGGAUGAUGACUCUCAUCAUCCAGAUCAUCGUGAUCAUCACCAUCAUCGACUCUCCUCUCCUCACCGAAAUCACUCCACUUCUCCUCGAAAAUCUAAAUUCCCUAUCGUCUCUUUGAGGGAGGUUAAGCUUUCUCCUACAACAACCACCCCUACCGACAAUCGUCUUAGCCCUCUCAACACUGACACAAAUCCUCUCCCUUCCACCGAUCAUUCCUCUCCUCAUUCAUAAUUGAACAAACUCCUCUUGUUUUUUCAUUUUCUCUUUUUCUUCAACAUGCAUUUAUAUAUACAUACGCGCGAAAAUAUAUAUAUUUACUUGAAAAAAAAAACAUAUAUAAACAUAUGUGCUGUGUGUGUACUCCGGUGUGUCUGAAUAUGUAUACGUGAACACAUCUCAAGUUAUGCAUGUGUGUGUAUGUAUGUACAAUGUCUGUGUAUAUACAUCAUCACAGCUCCCAAGGUUUUUCUCUCCUCCCAAUCCCCUCUCUGCCUCCCCCUGCCCCUCAAAAAAAUCAUGGAAGAUCUACAUAAAAUGCACACUUUUGUUCAUGUCCCUCUAUAUGUGCCUUCUCCCUUUUACUUCAUUCAUCCUCAUCCUCUCCCAUCAAAACUUUUUUCAUUUUCCUGUUCUACUCACACUCACUUCUGUUUUCAUCUUUCUUUUUUUUUUUGUGAUUUCUUGAUUGGCUUUAUUUUUCUCUUUUUUGGUUCCCAUAAGAUGUUUAUAUACUUCUUCUUGUUAUCUUUUCUCUUUCAUUCUGGUUUCAAUUAGUGACUACCACUACUAUUUCUUUUUCUUUAGAAAAAUACAUAGUGUAGUUUUUUUCAACAUGUAUAAUUACUGUUUUUUCUUGUUUUUUUUAUUUAUUUGUCAUUAUUUUUGAUUCUGUUGAUGUGGUAUAAACUUGCAACCAAAACUAAAC